CGUCUCCCCCCAACCGUGGACCGUCUUCCGCUUCAGCGGACUUUGUGAUGGACCCAUAUUACGCCCAACAACAGCCCGCCUCGAUCCCUUGUCAUUUUGGCUCAAUGCAUCCCGGUUUCGGCAGAUUUGGAGCAACCUUCAUCUUGUCCGUAAUCUAAAUACACACACGCGCGAAAACAUUUGGCUUGCGGGUCCUUUCAUUUCUGUUCCGUGGGAUGGCGGUCCAGAAGGCACCUUGGAUCGUGUGGUCCGCGGUCGCAUUCGUCCUCAGCAUUUGCGUACCCACUGCGACCUCGAUAGGUGUGAGUUCCAAGUCGAAGUGUGAAGAUGACGACGCCCACAUCAUUGCGCUGGCCAGCGGCAUUGGCGUCACGAUCAGUGGUUGUGCUGAAGUGCAGCCUUAUUGCGGAGAUGUGAAGUAUGGCAGCACUGUGCAGGCGACCUGCCCUGCAACGUGUAGCCUCUGCAGGGUGGCCAGCCCCAGCAGCUCCCCGGCGGCAAAGGUGCUGAUGGACAGGAGCUCCAAGGGCUUCCGGGACGCGGAUGAUCAGCAGUCGUUGGACAGGUCUCUGGCGGCGAAAGGGCCUGACCCGACACCGAGGCCGACGCCGUGGCCGACGCGGUGGCCGACGCCGAGGCCGACGCCGUGGCCGACGCCGUGGCCGACGCGGUACCCGACGCCGAGGCCGACACCGUACCCGACGCCGAGGCCGACACCGUACCCGACGCCGAGGCCGACGCCGUACCCGACGCCGAGGCCGACACCGUACCCGACGCCGAGGCCGACGCCGAACCCGACGCCGAACCCGACGCCUUAUCCCCCGACGCCCAGCCCGACAUAUCCUUUGGGUUGGCCGACGCCACAACCAACGUUUCCUCCCGCAGCUCCUAUGGCGGGCGGAGUUGCCGGAGGCGUGGCUGCCACUGGCGAUCCCCACCUUCAAAAUGUUCAUGGCGAGCGGUUCGAUUUAAUGCAGGCGGGCAAACAUGUUCUGAUAAACAUCCCUCGUGGAGUGAGCGCUGAAGACGCAUUGCUUCGUGUGCAGGCCGAUGCGCGCCGCUUGGGCGGAAGUUGUUCGGAUAUGUAUUUUCAAGAACUGAACAUUACAGGCUCGUGGGCAGAGGCUAAGCAAGUUGGAGGGUAUCACUACGGCGCACGGCAAAGCGUUACGACGAUUCCGCAAUGGGUUGCUAUUGGUCAGGUAGAGCUGAAGGUCGUCCAUGGACGCACAGAGCGUGGCAUCCUGUACUUGAAUGUGUAUGUGAAGCAUUUAGGGCGAUCAGGUUUUGCCGUCGGAGGUUUGCUGGGGGAAGACGACCACAAGGACGUGACCACCCCCCCGGCGUCUUGUACCAAACACAUUUCUUUGGUAGAAGUAGUGACGAGUGGCCAGGCCUCCGAGUCGUCAGUUGCAACGGCAACCUUCGCGUGACCAUGCUGGAUUAUUUGAAACGUCGGUAUGACAAGUACGCCCCUUCGGGCGACGCCUGCGGUAGUGCUCUCCUGCUCCAUAGAAAAAACAUCAGCCCGCCUCGAG